UUUUUUUUUUUGCGUCUAACGAAUGUCUGCCUUCUGCUUGUAAGCUUGCACUUCUCUCUCCCUUUUGAUUAAACCCUCCCAUCUGCCCGUCUUCCCUCGGCAACUGGGUUGGACUCUCGGAGGCUACCGUUCGUUCUCCGUUCCCAAUUCUGCUGGCCGGUGCUGUCCCGGCAUUGGCGGCGUUCUGGGGUUUCUUUAACGGGGGAUCACGGGGAGCCCUAGGGUGCCGGCAAUUCGUGAUCGUCGAUGACUUACUAUGAUGAGGACAAGGUGGUUCCCGAGCUGAAGCUGAUGCUGGGGGAGGACGGGGACGUCGAGAAGGGGGAUUAUGUCAAUUUGGGGCAGCGGAAUGCGGGGAGCUGCGAGGCCGAUGAUUCGCCCCCGUCGCCCAGGAGGAGGUGGAGAAGUUUCGUGUGGUAUUGGGUUAAGCUGGCUCUGUUAUUCUCUUGCCUGGGCUUGUUAGCCGGGGUCUGCAUUAAAUGGGUGUGGCCGUAUUUCAUGGACAAGGAAAUUAUCCCAAUCAUAAAUUGGGAAACGGCAACAUUUAGCCCUCCCAUCCUUGCGGUUCUCGUCUUUAUCACAAUAGCGCUAUUUCCCACUCUUCUCUUACCAUCCACUCCCUCAAUGUGGGUCGCUGGGAUGACCUUUGGAUAUGGUUACGGUUUCCUGCUCAUUAUUUCUGGAGUACCCAUCGGUGUAUCUCUUCCUUACUUCAUCGGGUCUCGAUUCCAUCACAAAAUACAGGGUUGGUUGGAGAAAUACCCAAAAAAAGCUUCACUAAUAAGAUCUGCUGGUGCCGGGAACUGGGUUCAUCAACUUCGAGCAGUGACUUUAAUCAGGAUAUCUCCCUUCCCUUAUAUCUUAUAUAAUUAUUGUGCCGUGGCAACAGAUGUCAAGUAUGUCCCAUACAUCUUGGGGUCGUUGAUUGGGGUGAUACCUGAAAUUUUUGUUGCAAUGUAUACUGGCAUUUUUAUAAAGACUCUGGCCGAUGCUUCAUACGAUCGGCACUCUCUGUCAGCCCCUCAGAUCAUAUUCAAUGUUCUUGGCUUCUUAGCAACGAUUGCCACUACGGUUAUCUUCACAAUCUACGCGAAGAGGCAGCUCAAGAAAUUGAAGAGCGAAGAGGAACCACUGCUCGAGUGAUCUUCUCAAGCUUCUCAAGGCACUUCCUGUCACGUAUAUGGUUGCAAAAACUCCGGUGGUUAGGGUGAAGUUCCAUUUAUUAAGCAGCUUCAUCCAUGGGAAUAUUAAUGUCGUGGGGAUUGGUAGUAUUGUGAGAAAUGAAAGUGAAAAACAUUCUAACCCAAUUGGCCAGAAUUCUAAAGAUAGGCAGACUCUCCUGCUCCUGACUUGUCUCCCUGAAUUAUGUAUAAGAUGCAUCGCAUUCGAUGCUCCAUAGGUCGGGAAUAGUCCCUUAACUUACGGCCUUCUUUUCGCAAUUGGUUGCCUGUUGUAUAUGGUUGAAAUGCCUGUUUGGAGGGUCAAAUUGGAUUCCUCGCAAAUUCGUGUAUGUAAAUAGAAAUGGAAUUGUUUUUGUUAAAGAUCAUUUUGCUUGUCGA